UUUUAUGUGUGAAACAAUAAGUCAACACUUGAACUCGCUCGACUAUCUUAGCUGGUGAUCUUAUUAUUUUAUUAGUGGUUGUUAAAUAUGCACAUAUUGAUUGUUUGGCUUCUUCAACUGGGCAUUCAAUAUUAUUAAUCACAGCUUUCUAACAUUAUUCUAAACGGAAUUCACUAUUCCGCCGCGCCGCCCCCAGCCGUUGCUCGCCACCGCUCCUUCGCUGCUCGCUUGGCGCCACCACCUCCUUCCGUCCUUGAUCCGUCGUCAGCAGCGCAGUUUGGUGGAAGCAUAAAGAUGUCGGAGGCCCUCCUCUUAUUGGUGAUACAGAAGCUCGACAUCAAUUAUCGAGAGGACGAAAAAAAUGAGAAUAUGGAAAGGGUAAUCAAAGAGAUGAAAGAGAUUUUUGAUAUUGUGAGGGAUAAGAAAUUGGAAGAGGGGAGAACCCUAAAUUUUUUAGUAUCUGACCUAGUCCAAAUGGCUGAUGAUGCCCUCCACAACUACAACAUCAACAUCAGAUCAUUUGGGUCCAUUCAUAGUUGGAUCGGAGAGAUCAAAAAGCAGAUGCUUAAACUGGGAGAUGAUGAGUUCAACAUUAUAUCAAUAUCAGAAAAUGUUGAUGACGACAAAUAUGUGGUGGGCUUGGACGAAGAUUUGGAAAUGCUACUUCACAAAAGAAUUAUCGAUGAGGAAGAAUACCUGUCGACUGUUCUUAUCAAAGGGAUGUGUGGUAUUGGAAAGACUACUCUUGCGAGAGAGAUAUACAACCAUCCAACCGUCGUUAAGCGAUUCGAGCGCCGUGCUUGGGUAUCUAAUUCUACUCACUUCACUCUCAAAAAGCUACUUAUCAAACUAAUACAACAGGUGGAAGAUCCUCAGAAUCUCCAUACAUCUUCCUUGUUGGAGGAAAUGGACAACCGAAGGCUCCGAUAUAUGCUUUGCCAACACCUGCAAGGAAAGCGAUAUCUUAUAGUUCUUGACGACGUGCCCAAACAGAUGCACUUGAUGUCUUUCUUGGAAGCUCUUCCACAAGAAUGGAAUGGAAGUAGAUUACUGCUCACAAGUCACACCACACAUAUCGACAUAGAUGUAGAGGAUGAAGAUGUUCAUCAGAUGAAACCUUUGGAUUCUAAGAAGAGCUGGCAAUUGUUUCUGAAAACAAUAAACCAUGGCAAUAAAAUUGACGGGUGAGCACAAAUUCCCAAUGAACUUGCAGCCUAUGGCAAAACAAAUGUUGAGAAAAUGCGGCGGUCUGCCAUUAGCUAUAAAAGAGGUGGGAAAGCAGUUAGCAGAAAAGAAAGUCUCGGGAAGGAGUGGAUGGGAACAACUUCUUGAAUCGGUUGAUUUUGGUUCAACAUUGAAGUUAUUGGAACCGUUUUAUCAGAAAUUGGAUCCCAAACUGGAGCCAUGUUUCAUGUGUAUGGCCUUCUUCAAGGAAAAUACAACUUUGAGGGCGGAAAAGUUGACACAGAUCUGGGUCGCAGGAGGAGUGGUUUCAAGAUAUAAAUAUGAAUCAUAUUUAAACGGUUUAAUCAAUGAAUCUGUUAUUGAUGUCCAGGACAAGAGCACGGAGUAUCGCAUGAAUCAUGUGCUACACAUGUUGUCCAUCCAAAAAGCAGAAGAGAAACUUGGUUUUGAGAUCCUAAGGAACAAUGGAAAUAAUCGACCCUCUGAGAGUCCUCGUCACCAUCGUGUUACCAUUUGUAGCAGAGACAAGUUCAACUACUCCACGGAUCAAGAUAAACAUCUUGUUUCUCUCUUCUUCCAUGGUGGUGGCUACUUGGACGCCAGUCCAUCCUAUUGGAAGAGCUUUAAACAACGACUUAAGAUACUGGACUUGGAAGAUUUUGGGUUGAAGAUUUUACCGGAAACUAUCAGCACAUUGAUGGAAUUAAGAUACUUGGGGUUGAGAAAUUACUACAUAAAAGAGCUUCCACAGUCGUUGGGGCGCUUGAAAAACCUCGAGGUUCUUGAUAUAGCUCAAAACUUUAUGAUGGAGGUCCCAGAUAUUAUAUGGGAAAUGGAUAGCCUUCACCACCUCUACUUGUCUGAUGUGAUUUUCAGGAAACCUUUGAAGAUAGACGUGCUACAGUUUCUGGAGACCUUAACCUACGUCUCGGUUGAUAAUUUGACAUAUGAGCUCUCGA